AACUUUCAUGACGUCGUUCUCUCCUCCCUCUGCCGUUGUUUGGUAAUUCGGCGUAAGAGAUGGGUCGUCUUUAUAAGAUAAUAUACUUUAUAAGAUAGUAUAAGACAGUUCUGAACAUAAAUUGUCAAGAUAGCCUGAGAAAUAUGACAUUGUGUUGGUUUUGUUAAUGCAUUUUGCUCAUAGCCUAUCCCAUACUUUCGAUAUCACGAGGAUUUCGUGGAAACUGAAACCUACAGCGCAAUGGAUGGAUUUUACAUGCCAGAAAAAAUUCAAGAAGAUCAUUUCAACAAAAUCAAGGAUGUGUUUGCUUCUGAAAGCCCUGAGGAAAUUCCCCAUCAACUUAUUUCUCUUUUGGAGGUUUUUGACCAUUUUAAGAUAGAUAUCGCUGUGACUGGAGAGUCUGGUGCAGGAAAGUCUUCUCUUAUCAAUGCAUUCCUCGGACUGAAUCCUGAUGACAGAGGGGCUGCUUCAACUGGAUCUGUUGAAACCACAAAGCAAGCAACUAUGUAUCAGCAUCCAGAUCUUCCACAUGUCAGACUGUGGGAUCUUCCAGGGAUGGGCACCCCUACCUUUACAUCCAAGAGUUAUGUAAAGACAAUGAACUUUGAUCUAUAUGACAUGUUUAUGGUUGUGAUAUCAGAGAGAGUCAGAGAAAACAACAUGAUUUUGAUUGAUGAAAUUGGGCAACGAAAGAAGCCAUUUUAUUUCAUUAGAACAAAAGUUGAUAAUGAUAUGUGGUCCCAAAAAAGGAAAGCCAAAUUCUCUGAAAAACAUGCAUUGGAUCAAAUGAGACAAGACUGUGAGAAGAAUCUGACGGAGAAGAAAUUGGACCCCCAUGUGUUCCUAGUUUCAGCCCAUGAAACACAAAAUUACGAGAUGCAAAAGCUUACGGACACUUUUAAGGAUGAGGUUUCUCAGCUUAGAGCAGAAGCAUUUUCAAGUUUUCUGGACAAGAUGUUUCACGGAGGUUGGAUUAAAGCAAGGUAUGCCACGAACCACAUCCAACAGACUGACAAACUUCAAGCUGACGACAUCACAGCAUUGCAAAAUAUGUAUAAGCGCACAGGCUUUGGAGCCGCAAAAGUCAGCGUUGUACUGGAGGCUCUAAGUCACUUUCAGCUAGAUGUUGCGGUUUUGGGUGAGACAGGGUCUGGAGCAUCGACUCUGGUAAAUGCCUUAAUGGGGCUGGAUAAUGAGGUGUGUGGUGCAGCAACAGCAUCCAUCAGCAACCCAGCAAUAAGUCCUGGAUACCCAGAUGUCCGGUUCUGGGAUGUAUCCGGCAUAGAGGCAGUCAUGGAUUACUCAAUGUAUGAGAUGAAACAAGUCCUGAAGAGUUAUGACUUCUAUAUCAUCAUUGUAUCAGACUGGCAGAAAGCACGGCAUAUAAAACUAGCCAAAGCAGUUGAAGAACUAAGGAAGCAUUACCUUUUGGUCCAAACCAAAGUAGACUGUCAUCUACAGACGCAAAAAGAUUUGUACUGCGAUGAGGCUGAGAUACUUGAUGGGCUACGGGCACAAUAUAUACAAGAGUUUCAGACAGCAAAACUGUCUGAACAGCAGAUUUUUGCCAUCAACAGCCUAGACAGAGGUGCAUUUGACUUUGUAGGCUUAGAAAUUGCACUGUCCAGUGACCUCAACACUGUCAGGACAAGUGCUUUUGCAUAUUAUAUAGCAAGAAUAGUGAAGCAACAUAAAUAAAAUAACACAAGAGAGAUGCCUGAGAUAUGAUGGUUUACUUAAGUAAUACUGUACAAUUCUAAGUUCAAUAAACAGAAAUGUAGGACAUUUUGUAAUGAGACCACAUGCAUGAUCUGUAUUUAAAUUGUCGGUAUUAAAAUCACUGUAAACCCUAAAGGCCUCGAUAAACGAAAUUGAAGAACGAACUUAAGUGAUGUCAUUUCAGACAAAAUCAUGCCAAAGCGAAGUUCGAUUUGUGUUUGUUUUGGGAGUUCGAAACGGCUUGCCAAAAGGAACUCUCAGGAAAAGUUUGCUUCAGCUGUAAAACACCUUUGUAUUACCAUUGGUCCGUGUCAGUAACGUAAUAGGAGGUGUGUGCUGAGGCUUCGCCUUCUUUCACGCGGAACUCUUCUCUGGCUCAUUUUGUCUGUUGAGUUCGUCGAGAUCUCCGUGGGUGAAAGCAUGAACACACUGGAUAGCCGCUUUAUAGUACAAAAUGGAAUUGUGCUUUUGAUGAAAUGAGGCACUCAUGUUUUUCAUGUUUGAUACUGUAAAGCUGCUUGCUUUUAAGCAAUCUAUUGAAUGAAAUGCUAUAUAAAUAAACGUGACAUGAGUGUUAAUUUGCA